AUGCAGACAUUUGAUUGGACCAUCCGCGAGUCCUUGCAAGCUGUCUUCCAUCCCCCUCUUUCACGUUUCCGACGGCCAUUGAUUGAGAUCCGGCUGACUUUCAACAUUGUGUCGGAAAAUUUUCCCGUCCCUCUACGUCGUCAACCAUGA